UGCAAGAAGGCAGCCGGGGACAGAGAGAGAGAGAGAGAGAGAGAGAGAAAAAACUGCCCCGGAAACAGAUUUAUUUAGCACCACAGGUUUCAUUUAACGUUAUCACUAGGGAAAAUGGCGACAAAGCAGCAUUUUUGGAGUGAUAGCGAGACAACAUUUAUGCUGGACGAAAUGAAAGAUUUGAAUAUUCUGCAGCUUCUCGACGGGAGGAAAUACAGGAACGGUGACAUAUUUAAGAAGCUAUCAGAUAAGAUGGCCUUGGCAGGGUAUUCACGGAGUGCGGAGCAGAUCCGCAGUCGUUGGAAAGUCUUGCGCCAGGCUUAUUUCAGGGCUAAGAGGCACAGCAGCAGUGGGGUAAGUCCGGUGGACUGCCCCUAUUUCGAACCACUUGAAGAUCUUUUGGGUCCCAUCCACUGCUCAACCACCGAGGGAAGCGGAGUAGAUGUAGGCUUGCAGGAGCUAACGCCAAGCCAAACAGCGGAGGACGUGGCCUCGUCGCUUUCAUCACCAGAGUGUGUUGAAGACACGGAGACACGAGAUAUCCAAGUGGAAGUUGAAUCUGCCCACUUCAUACAAUCAGCACCUCAGCCACGUUCCCCAAACUCAAAAGUCAGAAAAAAGAAGCGCAAGGUUGAUCAAGACCACUACAGCUUCCUGGAGAAUUUGCAAAGUCAGCAUCAGUCGUGGCUGGCACGGCAGAUGCAGCAGCAACAGGAGCGUGAUGAACGUUUUAUUUCAUCUCUUAUGGAGGCCAAUGCACAGGCUACAGAGCGGGUUGUUUCUUUAAUGCUCGAUGGUCUCCAGAAGAUGAUUACUCCACAUGUGAGCAACCCACAUUGUUCGACAGAACUGCACCAUCCUGCACAAAACGGAAUUUUAAGUCCUCGGUCAUCGAUAAAGAAUGAGGACUUUGAGGACUAUGAGACAGGGUAGUGUAUUUGUGUGUAACCUGUUUGGUACAGCAGUAAAGCAAAGGCAAUGCACUCUGUCACACAGAGCUAAGAAUGAAGUCCUGGUAAGCUCCAUAGAGGAUCUAGUGUUUAUAGUGUUUGAUGCUCUUUUCUCAAAGCCACAUAUUUUGGUGCAUUUGUUAUCUAAACAGCUGUGCUGCCUUAGUGUCGGUCCUGCUUGUCCUACAUCCAAAACUGCUGGGUCAGUAAUUUACUUUACUUUGACACUUUGUUUACAGCAAUAAACACUGACUGUUUAUACCACA